AGGAGGAUGGUGCGUCUCUGAGACAGCAGCGCAGUUCGGUGGCGGUGGUGCGGCGAGGCAGCUGGAGCCGACCCUCACACGGAGUCCGUGCAACCAGGUCAGCAGCGCCGCCGGUCCGGCCGACACGACACGAGAUGGCGCGCUGGAUCGUUGCCCUGACGGCCGCGGCGCUGGCCGUGGCCGCCCGUGCCGACAUGGAGCCGUUCGAGCUCACCAUCGUCCAGUAUCAGCAUCCGGCGACCGACGGCCAGGAGUACUACAUGAGUCGAGUCGAGCAGACCCUGGAGCUGGCAGAGUCACGGGGUCAGGGCAACGUCCUGCUGCUGAACACGGGCGGCUCGGUGGCGACCGGCUCCGAUGGCUCCGACGCCACCGUUUCCCCAGCUGCCACGGCUUUGUCGCUGAGCGACUUCGACGACGGCAUGAAGGGCUUGAAGGCGCGCCUGAAGGCCUCCGGCGAGAAUUUCGUCGCGGCUAACAUGAAGUCGUCCCAGCUCAGCGAGCACAUCUCCAAGUCGUCGGUCAAGGAGAUCGGCGGCCAGAAGAUCGGCGUCAUCGGCUACGUCUCGCCCUACCUGAAUGUGCUGCUGGACGCAGAGGACGCUACGAUCGUGUCGGAGGUGGCCGCCAUCCGGGACGAGGUGCGACGCCUCAAGGCGGCCGGGGUCAGCAUUAUCAUCGCGAUGGGCAACGCCGGCCACGAGUCCAACAUGGAGGUGGCUCGCCGCGUGCCAGACGUCGACGCCGUCGUGGCGUCGCCGACGGAGGUGGCCACCGACGCCUUCCCGCAGAUGGUCACCCAGCCGUGGAAGACGAGGGUUCCGAUGCUGGAGAUCCCGACGUCCGAGUCAAACAUGAUCGGCGUCACACGGCUCGUGUUCAACGAGAAGGGCGUGCUGAGGAGGGGCGUCGGCACCUACAGGGCCGUGAAGUCUGGCGUUGAAGACAACCUGACCGAGGAGACGGUGCGGAUCCUACAGCUGGAGCCGAAGCAGGGAGGGGGGAUGGCCGAACUGAGCGAGGACCACGCAGAGAUGGGCGACAAGAGCGUGAGCCCUCGGGUCCCCGCACCGGCUCCUGUCACCACUGCCUCCCAUUCGGGAGGCGUCAACAGGGUGCUCUCUUCGACGGAUAGCCUCGUGUCGGGAAGACGUGCCGACUGCGUGGAUAGCGAGUGCGCCAUGGGGAAAAUCAUUGCCGAUGCCAUCAAGUGGAGGUUGGGGAGCCGCAUUAACGCCGCCGUGGUCGGGAGUGGUGCGUUCGAAGGCGUCUGGGACGGCCUCCUUCGCGAGAGUGACGUGACCGGCGUGCUGAACGGCGACCUGACGCUCUACAUCGGCCGGCUGAGGGGCGACCAGGUGGAGGACCUGUUCGAGGAGGCCAUGCGCGAGGACGCCGAAUUCCUGCACGUCUCAGGGGCCAAGUUUUCGGCGGAGCCCGCCUCACACAUCGUCUCGUCCGUGCGCAUGGAGUGCGCCGCUUGCGCGCCGCGCCGCCUGAUGCCCGUCGACGGAGGCCUGCCCUACACGCUGGCCUUCGUCACGGGCAGCAACGCACAGCCGUCGGUCUUCAGCGACGUGCGCGACACUGGGAUGAACAUGAGGGACGACGUGCUGAUCCCAUACCUGCGUAGGCAAGACGUAUUGACCGUGCCGCGAGACACGCGCAUCUUAAUGGGAGACGCUGAUGAGGAGGCGCCAGCUGCUGCUGAGGAAGCGUCGGCUGCUGCUGAGGAGGCGUCGGCUGCCGCUGAGCCCGCCCGUCCCGCACUCCCCAUGGAAUCCCCCCGGCCCGAGUCCUCCCGACCCGAGUCCUCUCAGCCCGAGUCCUCUCGGCCCGAGUCCUCUCAGUCCGAGUCCGCUCGGCCCGUGGUCCACCGGCCAGCGGCCUCCCGACCCCAGUCCUCCCGGCCCCAUUCCUCCAGGCCGGGGUCCUCCCGGCCCGCGGCCCACCGACCCCAGUCCUCCCGGCCGGGGUCCUCCCGGCCACCCCGGCCCACGGGCUCCCGACCCCAUUCCCCCCGCCCCGCGCUGGCGCAGCAGCAGGCUGCCGAGGCGUACCAGCAGGCGGUGAUGGCGGCCGUGCAGCAGGCGACCACCGGCGAGCAGGCCCAGUCGUACUCGCCCGACCAGCAGCUGGCGCUGGGCAGCGUGCAGCACGUGACCACCGUUGUGGAGAAGCCGGCGGCGGCGGCGGGCGCGGCGCGCCCAGAGGCCGACCAGACGGGGCUGGCCAGCCUGCUGCCGGCCUGGCUGACGUCGUCGGACGAGCCGGCCGUCGCCACGGCCGAGCAGCCGCCCCAGGGAGGCCUCUCGAGCCUGCUGCCCUCCUGGCUGACGGCCAACUCCGACCCGGCCGCUGGCGGCCAGGUGGCCAUGGCCGUGCUUGGUGUGCCGGCCGCGAUGCUCGCGCUCAGCAUGGCCGCCGGCGCCGUGCUGUGA